AGGCUGCAGCCUCAGGAGGUGCGGGAGGCUGGCUGACAUGAGGCUGCUGGAGCGCGGGCAGGCUGGUCCUCCGCAGCGCUCACCCUGAAGGCCGCUCCGAGAGAAGCGACGAUGCUGCCCUGGGUGCCGCGGGCGCUGCUCGGCUUGCUUCUGCCCACGCUGCUGGCACCACGGGGAGAAGCCAAGCACAGAGGGGACCCCCAGCCCCCCAACGCCUCCAGGCCGGCUCUUCUGCGGCUGUCAGAUCACCUGCUGGCCAACUACAAGAAGGGCGUGCGGCCCGUGCGGGACUGGAGGACGCCGACCACCGUGUCCAUCGAUGUCAUCCUCUACGCCAUCCUCAGCGUGGAUGAGAAGAAUCAGGUCCUGACCACCUACAUCUGGUAUCGGCAGUACUGGACUGAUGAGUUUCUCCAGUGGAACCCCGAGGACUUUGACAACAUCACCAAAUUGUCCAUCCCCACAGACAGCAUCUGGGUCCCAGACAUCCUUAUCAAUGAGUUUGUGGACGUGGGGAAGUCUCCAAACAUCCCGUAUGUGUAUGUCCGGCAUCACGGUGAGGUCCAGAACUACAAGCCCCUCCAGGUGAUGACCGCCUGUAGCCUGGACAUCUACAACUUCCCCUUCGACGUACAGAACUGCUCGCUGACCUUCACCAGCUGGCUGCACAACAUCCAGGACAUCAACAUCUCCCUGUGGCGCCUGCCCGAAAAGGUGAAGUUCGACAGGAGCGUCUUCAUGAACCAGGGCGAGUGGGAGCUGCUGGGGGUGCUGACCCAGUUUCAGGAGUUCAGCAUAGAGAGCAGCGACAGCUACGCAGAGAUGAAGUUCUAUGUCGUUAUCCGCCGACGGCCCCUCUUCUAUGCAGUCAGCCUGCUUCUGCCCAGUAUCUUCCUCAUGGUCGUGGACAUCGUGGGCUUCUACCUGCCUCCGGACAGUGGCGAGAGAGUUUCCUUCAAGAUCACGCUCCUCCUGGGCUAUUCGGUCUUCCUGAUCAUCGUGUCCGACACGCUGCCGGCCACGGCCAUCGGCACGCCCCUCAUCGGUAAGGCCAGCUCCCUGGGAGGAGCUCCCUGGGGCCGAGGGACCGGUGCCUCUCCUUCUCCUACCUCCCCUGUGUGUCUCCCGCCCGGCCCCGUCCCGGGGAGCACAGGUGUCUACUUCGUCGUCUGCAUGGCUCUCCUGGUGAUCAGCUUGGCCGAGACGAUCCUCAUCGUGCGGCUGGUACACAAACAGGAUCUGCAGCAGCCCGUGCCGGCCUGGCUGCGCCACCUGGUUCUUGAGAGAGUCGCCCUGCUCCUCUGCCUAGGGGAGCAGUCGACUCCCCGGAGGCCCCCGGCCACCUCCCAAGCCGCCAAGACCGAUGACUGCUCAGACAUGGGAAACCACUGCAGCCAUCUGGGGGGACCCCGGGACUUGGAGAAGACCCCAAGGGGCAGAGGCAGCCCUCCCCCGCCACCUCGGGAGGCCUCCCUGGCAGUGCGCGGGCUGCUGCAGGAGCUGACCUCCAUCCGGCACUUCCUGGAAAAGAGGGAGGGGAGUCGGGAGGUGGCCCGGGACUGGCUGCGUGUGGGCUCCGUGCUGGACCGGCUGCUCUUCCGCAUCUACCUGUUGGCGGUGCUGGCCUACAGCAUCACCCUGGUCACACUCUGGUCCAUUUGGCAGUAUUCCUGAGCGGGUCCAGCCCAGCG